ACAGCUCCGCCGGGACCGCGGAGAGCGCCGGGCACCGCGACCAGCAGGACCGAGCUAGGCGGCGGGAGUCGGGCGCCACCGGCAGCGUCCCGGGCUGGCAGGCGGCGAGUGGCGGCUGAGGAAGGAGCCUGAGUCGGUAGUCAGUCCUCCCGUUUUUAAAAUGAAGAAGUUUAAUUUCCGAAAAGUUUUGGAUGGCUUAACUGCCUCCUCCCCUGGCAGUGGUAGCAGCAGUGGCGGUAACAGUGGUGGUGGGGCUGGAAGUGGUUCCGGGCAUCCAGGAGGGACUGCGGGGGUUCUCAGAGAGGAGAUUCAGGAAACCCUGACUUCAGAGUAUUUCCAAAUUUGCAAGACAGUUCGACAUGGUUUUCCUUAUCAGCCCACAGCACUGGCCUUUGACCCAGUUCAGAAAAUCUUGGCUAUUGGGACAAGAACAGGUGCUAUACGAAUACUCGGGAGACCUGGUGUUGAUUGUUAUUGCCAACAUGAGAGUGGUGCAGCAGUCCUGCAACUCCAAUUCUUGAUAAAUGAGGGUGCUUUGGUUAGUGCAAGUUCAGAUGAUACACUUCAUUUGUGGAACCUCAAACAAAAAAGGCCAGCUAUUCUUCAUUCUCUUAAAUUCAACCGAGAACGGUUCUUGAGGUGUGGGAGCUUAGUUAUUGAUUUGAGACUUUUCCUCUUUUCUAAUAGUAAAUGGCUCUAUGUUGGAACAGAAAGAGGAAAUACACAUAUUGUAAAUAUUGAAUCUUUCAUUCUUUCUGGAUAUGUUAUCAUGUGGAACAAGGCAAUUGAACUAUCCACAAAGACUCAUCCAGGUCCAGUUGUGCAUUUAAGUGACAGCCCAAGAGAUGAAGGAAAACUGCUGAUAGGUUAUGAAAAUGGUACUGUAGUAUUCUGGGACUUGAAAUCUAAAAGAGCAGACCUGAGAGUUUAUUAUGAUGAAGCUAUUCAUUCAAUUGAUUGGCAUCAUGAGGGCAAACAGUUCAUGUGCAGCCAUUCAGAUGGCAGUUUGACUCUAUGGAACCUGAAAAGCCCAAGUCGUCCUUUCCAGACAACAAUUCCACAUGGAAAAAGUCCAAGAGAAGGAAGAAAAUCUGAAUCAUGUAAACCAAUUCUCAAAGUAGAGUACAAGACCUGUAAAAAUAGUGAACCUUUUAUAAUAUUUUCUGGAGGACUGUCCUAUGACAAAGCUUGCAGAAAACCAAGUUUAACCAUCAUGCAUGGAAAAGCAAUUACAGUCCUUGAAAUGGAUCACCCUAUUGUUGAAUUUCUAACGUUAUGUGAAACACCCUAUCCAAAUGAAUUUCAAGAACCCUAUGCUGUUGCAGUACUUCUGGAGAAAGAUCUCAUUGUAGUUGAUCUGACACAAAGCAAUUUUCCAAUCUUUGAAAAUCCAUAUCCCAUGGACAUUCAUGAAUCACCAGUUACAUGUACAGCAUAUUUUGCUGAUUGCCCUCCAGACUUGAUACUAGUCCUCUACUCUACAGGAGUCAAGCAUAAAAAACAAGGAUACAGUAAUAAGGAGUGGCCAGUCAGCGGAGGGGCCUGGAACCUUGGAACACAAACAUUUCCCGAAAUUAUUAUUACUGGCCAUGCAGAUGGAUCAGUAAAAUUUUGGGAUGCUUCUGCAAUAACUUUGCAGAUGCUGUACAAGUUAAAAACUUCAAAAGUAUUUGAAAAACAGAAGGCAGGAGAAGGAAAACAGACAUGUGAAAUUGUAGAGGAAGAUCCAUAUGCCAUUCAGAUGAUUUAUUGGUGUCCAGAGAGCAGAAUAUUCUGUGUAUCAGGAGUCUCUGCAUAUGUCAUAAUUUAUAAAUUCAGCAAACAUGAAAUUACAACAGAAAUAGUGUCACUAGAAGUACGCCUUCUGUGUGAUGUGGAAGAUAUUAUUACCCCUGAAACAGAAACAAGUCCUCCAUUCCCAGAUCUCUCAUCUCAGCUUCCUUCUUCAAGAAGUCUUUCUGGGAGCACUAAUACUGUAGAAAGUGAAGGAGCAACAAAAGACAGUAUUCCAUGUCUCAAUGUCAAGUCUAGACCAGUCCGAAUGCCCCCAGGCUAUCAAGCGGAACUUGUUAUUCAGCUAGUGUGGGUAGAUGGAGAACCUCCCCAACAGAUUACUAGUCUUGCUGUAAACUCAGCAUAUGGAAUAGUUGCAUUUGGGAACUGCAAUGGAUUGGCUGUGGUGGAUUUUAUACAGAAGACAGUACUAUUAAGCAUGGGGACCAUUGACCUAUAUAGAGCAAGUGAUCUAUACCAACGACAACCAAGGUCUCCUCGAAAAACCAAGCAGUUCAUUGCAGAUUCUGGUAUGAUAUCACUUCCUUUCACUUUAGACUAUUUCUCUCUCUUUCCUCUGCCUGCUGCUGAUGCUGGUGCUCUGGCAUGUUCCAAAGACAACUUUUGCAUGCGUGGCCUGUCUAACUUUUAUCCUGAUUUAACGAAACGGAUCCGUACUUCCUAUCAGAGUUUAACCGAGCUGAAUGAUGGUCCAGUACCUCUGGAACUUGAGCGCUGCAAAUCUCCCACUUCAGGACUUGCUACCAGAACUCCUGAUGCAGCACCAGGUUUUUAUAGGAAUGACAUACCAGCUGUAAGACAGAGGAAUCAAGUACAUCACUUGCCAGAUCAUGUAAAUGGACACUGUACAAGCCCAACGUCUCAGAGCUGUGGUUCUGGAAAACGUCUUUCUAGUGCUGACGUUUCAAGAGUAAAUCGCUGGGGACCUGGAAGACCACCAUUUCGAAAAGCACAGUCGGCUGCUUGCAUGGAAAUUUCAUUGCCAGUUACAACAGAAGAAAGCCGUGAAAAUUCCUAUAAUCGUUCAAGAAGCUCUAGCAUCUCCAGCAUUGACAAAGAUUCUAAAGAAGCGAUUACAGCACUAUACUUCAUGGAAUCCUUCGCUCGUAAAAAUGACUCUACUAUCUCCCCCUGUUUGUUUGUUGGAACUAGUUUGGGAAUGGUUUCAAUCAUCUCCUUAAAUCUACCUUCAGCGGAUGAACAAAGACUUACAGAGCCAGUCAUGGUAUUACCAAGUGGUACAUUACUCUCCUUAAAAGGAGCUGUGUUAACAUUCUCCUGUAUGGACCGGACUGGCGGAUUAAUGCAGCCACCAUAUGAAGUUUGGAAGGAUCCAAACAGCACUGAUGAAAAUGAAAAAUCUUGGAAAAGGAAACUGGUUAUAAACUGCCCCUCGCCAUCACAGGAAACUGGAGAUCAUCAGUAUACAAUAAUAUGCUCAGAAAAACAAGCCAAAGUCUUCUCACUGCCUUCUCAGACUUGCCUUUAUGUUCAUAACAUCACUGAGACAUCUUUUAUACUAGAAGCAGAUGUGGUGGUCAUGUGCAACAGUGCCUGUUUGGCAUGCUUUUGUGCCAAUGGGCAUAUCAUGAUAAUGAGCCUCCCUAGUCUUCGCCCAAUGUUGGAUGUGAAUUAUUUGCCACUAACAGACAUGAGGAUAGCACGGACAUUUUGUUUUACCAAUGAAGGACAGGCACUGUACCUCGUCUCUCCUACUGAAAUUCAACGGUUAACAUACAGUCAAGAGAUGUGUGACAAUCUACAGGAGAUGCUAGGGGAUUUGUUUAUUCCCAUAGAGACACCAGAAGCGCAAAAUAGAGGCUUCCUCAAGGGAUUGUUUGGUGGAAGUGGACAAACAUUUGACAGAGAAGAGCUCUUUGGAGAAGCUACAGCAGGAAAAGCAUCACGCAGCCUUGCACAGCACAUUCCUGGACCUGGUGGGAUAGAAGGGGUGAAGGGCGCGGCUGGAGGGGUAAUGGGAGAGCUGACCCGAGCACGGAUUGCGCUUGAUGAGAGAGGACAGAGGCUAGGAGAGUUGGAAGAGAAAACUGCAGGAAUGAUGACCAGUGCAGAGGCAUUUUCCAAACAUGCACAUGAGCUAAUGCUGAAAUAUAAGGAUAAGAAAUGGUACCAAUUCUAAACUUCUAAAGAAGCCGUGACUACUUUGAGAAACCAUUAUUCAGGGAAAACAAAUUUAUUCCCAGCAUAAUUUUUCAACUGCUAGAAGCCAGUUUCUUCUACACAAUCUUCCAUUAUAGUCCAUCUGAAGUUAUCAUAAGGGAGACUUAUCAGAGACACUACAAACCCACAGGCUGGAACCCUGGUUGAAAUCCCAAUAGUUGAAUUUGUCUUUUCCUAUGUGAAAUGGAGCUAUCAUAUUGGCAUGUCAUUUGCUAGGGAUUUACUUUUAGGAACUACGGGGAGUCCUUCUGAUUUGAAAAAUCCUGUACAAACAAAAGCAUUAAUGCACAUAGUGAAAAAAAAAUCUUUGCAUGAUAAAUUAACAUCUUAAGAGGAAAAGAAAAAAAGCAUGUUGUGACAGGAGCAAAAAAGAUUUAUGGUAAACUAUUUUUUUAAAUUGGGCCACUCCUGACAAUUUAGAGUCUGCAUUAGAAGUUAUCCAUGCACUUCAAGUAUAUUUCCCAUUCCCAACUAAAAAAAAAAAAACCUUAAAAGUCAGAGUUUUAUUCUCAUCUAUGACGUUCAUUAUACUAGGACAUUUAUGCUGAGUGAUCAACAUUCCUUCUUUCUAUGGUAUUUUACAUCACAGUGAUCAAUCAUAAUCAAGCAUUGAAAGUAAAGUAUUCCUAACAAUUAUUUCCAUUUCUGUCAUCUCCAGAAUAGGUUACUGUUUUUAGUCAUAAGCCAUGCAAGUUUGGGUCACCUCAAAGCUUUGAUUCAGCCUGGCUUGUACUCUGCUGAGGAGCUGAUGCUAGGUUUGGGGCAAUAUCCAUAGGAAUAAUGCAGUUCGCUUUGAGACCUGAAUUCACACACUCCAGUUUCAGUUUCUAAAGUGAUAUAUUUGUAAUGCUCCAUUUGUAUCCUUACCUGCCGAAUACACAGUAUAUUACUGUUCAGACCCAGUGGGAUCUUCAACCCAAAGGUGCUCUUGAAGCCUGAUACUCAAAGACCAAACUGGUCAUUCUCUUUAAAAUGAUUCAGUAAAACCUCAGUUGAUUUUUUGGGAAAAGCAUUCUGAUUCAUUACAUUUCUGAUUAAAAGGGCUUGUAUUAGAAAUUAAUUUUGAUUGAAUACUUAUUGUUGAAAAUACUUGUAAAAUGUGACAUUUUACCUAUCUUGGCCUCAGCCGUCAAAAGGCAACAGAAAUACAAAGAGAGCUUAUGAUGGCUAGUUAUGCUAAAUAAAAUAACCUAUAAGAUUCAUACUAAACACCUGUUCCUUAUUAAAAACUAGAAAAACAGGAUCAAGUAUGCCCCUUAAAUGAUAAAAAGGCAUCUAUCAUAACAGAGAACUUCUAGAGGCAAAACAAAGUGAAGACACUAUCAUUAUUUAACUUGAUUAUGGAAGUAAAAUUUUAUAGGAAUAUAUGUGCAUACUAGGACCCAUCUUAUAAUAUGUUGUUCUUUCAGAAAGUAUAUUUUUUAAUGAAUAGCUUACUAAGUUUUGACUUAUCAAAAGUAAAAACUUAGCUUACUAAGUUUUAACCUUAGUGGAUUUAUAUGUGUUUCUUAAGAAUUUACUACUUUCUUUGAAUCUGGAUUAUUUUAAGUCAAAAUUAGUAUAUUUGCUAUUUUCUAUUAUUUUGCUUUUAGUGAAUUGGUUUUAUUUAUUUUUAUGUUCAGCCAUUGAUUAAGUUGAUAGAAGCAAGCAUGAACUUCACAUUACUUUUUAAAUUUUCAUAGUUGUUCACAAUAAUUGUUUACAUUCAAUAUUUCAACACCAAUCCCGCCACCAUUGCACCUUCCCACCACCAUUACUUUGAAUCUUCCCACAACCCCAGCCUGGCCCUUAGGCAGAUGCUAAAUAAUUUAUUUUGUAUUGCUUACCAUGAAUAGCGCGUAAGUGGUUGCACACUCCUGGAAUUCUAAAAUUUUUAAAUAUUUGGGGUCCAGAGGGAUAUCUGUGGUGUGCUGCUCUCUUCCAAGAUUCAUUUGUGAGUCUCUGAAUCCUGGUAGUUAAUGAGCUUAAGUGGCUCCCAGUAACAGUUCUUGAGCAUGACUGCCAGGGAACCAGAAGGGUGGGGUGUUAGGGGAGGUCGUCGACACCUGACUCUGUGAAACCUGGUUUUCAGUCACUGGUCUCGUAUGGGUUUUUCAGUGGAUUCAUUCUCAUGUGUCAGGGACUGGGGAUGAGCCUGUGAAAGUCGACUGUGAACAUGGCUGCGGUUGAGUUCUAGAGGUUAGUGGCUGCCAGGGUUCAUUUGGGACAGGCAGAGGAACACACCUGCCCCCUCCAAGAUGCCCUGGUGAAAUUAGCCUGAAGCAGGGUGGGUGACAUCUCUGCAGUGUGCUGCUCACCUCCGAGAUUCAUCUGUGAGUCUCUGAAGCAAGGCUGAUACAGCUGAGCCGGAGGUGGUCUGUGGGAUCGCUCCCACUUACCUAACUUUUGGCCAUUUAAUUUCUUGGGAAACUUGGUCCCAAGUUGUUGGGGUCCAGCCAGAGGCAUAGUGGCAAUUUUGGGCUGCUGAUGCACUCGCCUCACAGUGAAUUGUUUUUAAAGUGGUUCUUUGACUAGGUUCUCAGUAAUUGUUAAAAAACGAUUGAAUAGAAUUAUAAAAUAUAUACUAGGAUAGCAUUUCUCAGAGUUCUUGUUGAAGUCCCUGAUUUUUCCAAUACAAACAAAAGUCUCUUCAUGAAUCUCUCCAGAUCCCUGAGUAGUCUUAGGAUAACAGAAACUGACUUGGAAAUACAAUCAUGAUGCAGGAAAUUAUACAGUCAAUAUAUUAAGAAAAGUUGACAAUGGGAUUCAGAAAACAUUGCUUAGCCAAAUUGCAAUACGCUAUUUAUUUGUACCAUCAGCACAGCGAGUAGGGCAUUUGCCUUGCACGUGGCUAACCCAGGUUUUGAUUCCUCUGGCCCUCUCGAAGAGCCUGGCAAGCUACCGAGAGUAUCUCGCCCGCACGGCAGAGCCUGGAAAGCUACUGUGGCAUAUUUGAUAUGCCAAAAACAGUAACAACAAGUCUCACAAUGGAGACGUCACUGUUGCCCGCUUGAGCAAAUCGAUGAGCAAUGGGAUGAGUGAUACAGUGAUCAAUUUUACAGACCCAGUUUUCUGACUUUUCUCAUCAGAUACUUUUUAUUUUUGUGUUUUAAAAAAAUCUAACGGAGAAAAAUGUUACUUUAUUUGAGAAAUAAUGGAGUGUAGUACAAAGAAUAUCUCAGAAGCCCUCAAUAAGAUUUUAUCUAACUGUUGUAUAUCAGGUUGCUUAAUAGUGGCACUAUUAAAAAUUUCUUUGUGUGGAAGCCUGUUCUUUGCUCUAUAAGAUGUUUAGCAACAUCCCUGGUCUCUGUCCACUAUAACCUCCAGUAAUGACAAUUAAAAAUGUCUCUAGCCAGGGGCUGGAGCAAUAGUACAAUCGGGUAAGGCAUUUGCCUUGCACGUGGCCAACCCAGGUUCGAUUCCCAGCAUCCCAUAUGGUCCUCUGAGCACCACCAGGGGUGAUUCCUGAGUGUAGAGCCAGGAGUAACCCCUGUGCAUUGCCAGAUGUGACCCAAAAAGCAAAAAAAAAAAAAAAAAAAAGUCUCUUGCCAUUGUCAAAAAUUGCUCCAAGUUGAGAGCCACUGUUCUAUGUCAUUUAAAGACUAUGUGUGAAUAUGUAAUAUAUACUAUAUAAAAUUGAACACUGUAAGUACAGUGUUUUAAAACAAUAAAUUAUUAUAUCCCAACUACAUGUAUGUUUCAUAUGCAAUAAAAUGCUAUACUGGAGAAAACAUAUUAAUCAAUGGCAAACAUAUUUUUAAAAUAUACAGAGAAAAUAUCAAAAUUAAAAAAGUGGCAUCUCGCAAUAGAAGUCCUUAAAAAUUCAACUUACAUUAAUGAUCAAAACUUUAUAGUUAGCACAUCAACCGAAAGUAUACAGGUGCUUCUGUAAUACUUGGAUAGGUUUCCUAAGAAGUUUGAAUGUGUUUUUCAAUAUUAUUUUGACAACACCUUUCUUAAUGUAAGCGUAGGUUCAUCCCAUAAACUCCUGAUCCACAAUACAAACUAAUGAGGUUUUACUGUAUCAAAUUAUUUUUAUAAUUUAAAGAGAUAGCAAUAACAAGAAUAUAAUGUGGAUAUGACUUUUCUCUGAACAUUUCUGUUGUACUGACCUUAGCCUACACAUACAUACCACCUCCACCACCAUUUUGUCAUCUUUGGAAAAUGAAUACUAUUGAUUCAUGUAAUUCUUUAUAUCUCUUUUCACCAUUUAAAUUUGUUUCUCUUAUCUUGAAACAUAAGAAAAAUACUAGUAAUUUAGACAAUGAUAGUAAAAAUGACUCUAAACCUUAAUUGUCAUCAAAAUUUUAUCUUAGGUGGCAUUCAAGGAUAAGGGCUGAAAAACCACAGUUCAACAAGUUCACCUUAUCUUUCUAUGAUUCCCUCAAGAGAAAGCUCUUUCUAUCUCAGGAGAAAAGGAGACUUUCUGUUCUAUCCAUCAAUGGAAAAUUGGAAGUAUUGUUUUUUCUUGGUUCAAAUAAUAUGAGCAAUAAUCCUUACUACAAAAACAUCAAUUAAUAUUACUUUGGGGAGGGAAGGAUAUGAUAAUUCCCACAAAAGCAAUACCAGAUGACUUUGCUUCCCACACUUAAUUCAUUUGAGACCCGAACUUAGUACAGCAGUCACCAUUAGGGUUUUUAGGUCUAACUGUGGAAGAACAUUGGGAGAACUGAGGAAAGACAAUUUUUCAAAUAUUCUGUAUAAUAUUUAAUGAGUUUCAAGUUUUAAGUCAGAAUUCAGGUCUCUAAUCCUCAAGGGUUUUAAAGUAUCUUAAAGGAAAGGGUUUUCUGCUGGAAUCACUUUUUGUUGUAUCCCAUAGGUUUAGAUUUAAUGGUAACAUCUAUGUGCUCUCUGCAUUAAAGGAUGAACAUGGCUCUGAAAAAGCCAAAAUAUAUGCCCAAGGUUGACGGAAAAUUAAGAUUAGUUUAAAAUACUUAGCUCUAAAUUGUUUUGAUAAAAGGAAGAAGGAAAAAAUAAAGUGAUUCUAGGAAAGUAACUAAUAAUCCUCUCCUUGGUUAAAGAUCUUUCAGACAACUCAGGAGUAAAUUGGCUUGACUACAGCUUACCUCUAAAGCCUUGUUCUUUGCAUCAUGAGAAACAUAGUAGCCUUCACAACUUCUCUGUUCUCUGUAGUCCCAAUCCCAUUUCUGAUUAGGUUGUAUUUCAUAUACACACUACCCUGGGAGCCAGAAUAAUUUUCCAGUAAGUCAUAUAUAUAUAUAUAUAUAUACAUAUAUAUAUAUGGAUUGAACAUUAUCUCUAAUAUGCACCAUUCCAAGAAAUAUGGUUGCCAGCCUAGCAAGAUUAGUUAGCAUCUACAUUUGCAGAAAACAUAGCCCUGAAAGGACAAAAUACAGAAUAGUUGUAAGUCUGACUUGGGAAAGGAAGAAGUGCCAAUUUAGUGCCAGAGGGCUGGGAUGGGGAGAACCAGUGUGAAGAGAAAGGGGAUUUAUGAGAAACCAGAGGCACACUGGUUCCUUCACUGCAGAUGCACAGAAAUGAUUCUCAACCUUUGUUGUACUUAAGAAUCACCUAAAGAGCAUUUGAAAUUCCAAUAUUAUAUCAAAAUCACUCAUAAUGGGAGCCAACAUCAGUAUUUUUUUUCAAGCUCCCAAAGCGGUUAUAAUGUAUAGCUAAGGUUGAUAUCCACUGUUUCUGGUUAACUGACACAUCAUCUACCCUGGCUGGGAUCUAAGUUCCAUUCAAGAAGGUCAUGAAAGGCUUAAUACAGGAGAUACAGUAUUGGUUGGAUUGAUAGUAAUUGUAUCACAACUUAAAACUGCACAAAUUUCUUGUCAGGAAGUGCCCUAUUAUUAAUAACUGUUGUGUUUUUCCUUUGUAAGUUGGCAAUUAAUUAAGCCAGUCAAUUAUCUGGACUUUGAUUGAUGUGACAUCAUAAGAUAUCAGAAAUAUCAUAAGAAAUUCAACAGCAUGUAAAGCUAAGUAGAAAACUAAUUCUCAAUAGUAGAAUAGUGGAAAUUCACAAAAACAAUCAUUUACUAAACAGGUCCAAAUUUAUUAUUCAUUCUUCCUGUGGAGACACAGGUUCCAGGUACCUUUCCUACUAUAGGUAUAUUUAAUUGGAGUUGAUCUUAGUAAGAAUGGAGAACUCUUCCCUUUUGAUUGUGUUAGCUUCCAGGGCCAUUUGGAUUAUUUUAUUUUGUGUAUAUAGAUAUGAUUAAAGCAGGAAGAAUGUUUAUAACAAUAUCUGGUCUCUAGUGCCCUGAAAGAGUGCUUUUACUUUCAGAAACGGAGAGUCCAUCUAGGCAAUAAAAUGAGAAAACAUGACAGUUCUCUCCUCUCAUAUUGCUCCCCUCUGGUACUGGCCUCAACUGCAAUGCCAGAAAAUAAACUAAGAUGGUGGUUAUAGACAAGUAUACACAGGAUCAAAACCUCUAAUAACCUAUCAUUUUUAGUAUUUAAUUAUGUGAUGUUUUAUUCUAGGAAAUAAGAAACAGAUGACAACAUUGAUGUGUCUUUCAUCUUCAGAAUUUUUGCAUCUUUUCAGAAAAUGACAAAUUACUAUUUUUCUGUUGCACUUAGCAAUUGUGACUAUACUUAAGAAAAUUCUUGUAGUCUGUAGAGAUAUCAAUAAAAUUGUAUAUGUUUGUACAUAGAUGCUCUCUUAUGUCAUGAUGUCCUGUACUACUUGUGAUUUUACAGAGCUUAAAUGUGGGCAUUUAUGAGCUCAUUUCUCUAGCUUGGUGAUACACCCACACCUCAGCCUGAGAUAUGUGCCUCCUGCCAUUUCUCUCUUUUCCUCCUCUUAUUUCUAUAAAUAAGACUUUUACCUCACCAAUAAAAUUGAUAUGGACAUUUGUAACACUGGGAACCAUGGUUUUAUAAAGUAUAAUUGCCUUGAAAAGGAAGGGAGAAAUGGCUGCAAUAUACAUAGUAUUUGUUUGAAUUUAAAAGGGAAAAAAAAUGAAAAAAAUAUUCCUGAAACUCAGAUUGUACUAGAGUUUAUUCACCUAAGAGGAUAGAAAUAAGCAUUGAUAAUGUCUUCCAAAUUGAGAAGAUGUGUAACUUUUUAAUACAAGACUUUGCAGAUAAUUUUACGGAGGUUGAUCAGUUUACCUAUGGUAAAGUACAAGUAAAAUUAAAUUUUGGUGACAGCAACAUAAGAAAUUGAGGCUCAAUAAGAUGUACUUGUAAAUUCAGGUCUUUUUCAUUUAAUUCCUAUGUAGAGAGAAAAAAAAUAAAAUAUCUUUAUACCAUCA